AUGCCAAACAAUCGUGCUGCGUGGCUUCUUGCACCCCGACAGAGGCCCUUGGUUAUCAACGAGGCACCGUUUUACAGGCCGAAAGCUGAAGAAGUGCUGAUCAAGAAUCAUGCAAUUGCUGUGAACCCAAUCGACUGGAAGAACCAACAAAAUGGAGUUUAUCGAAACAUAUAUCCUUUUAUUCUGGGCCGCAACUGUGCCGGCAAGGUGGAAGAAGUAGGUGAAGGAGUAACGCGGUUCUCAAAAGGACAACGAGUCAUGGCUCCGCAAACUGGAAGCUAUGCCAACUCCGCAUUCCAAUUGUAUUCAGUAGCGUCAGAACGGCUUAUGGCAAGGAUCCCCGACACCGUCUCUUAUGAGGAAGCCUCUGUCUUACCUCUCUCAGUCUCGACGGCGGCUGCCGGUCUUUACCUUCCUGAAUAUCUAGGAUUGCCAUGUCCCGCACCUGGUCCAAGGACAUUACGUAGAACUAUCCUCAUAUGGGGGGGUGCAUCUUCUGUUGGAGCCACUGCAAUUCAACUUGCUGCCGCUUCCGGAUUGCGGAUUGUUACUACUGCGUCUACCCCUAAUCAUGACUUUGUGCGAUCACUGGGUGCGAGCGUGGUGUUUGAUUACCGAUCAGAUUCUCUAGUCGAGGACCUCGUCAAAGAGCUCGAUCGAUGCGAGCUUGUCGGAGUUUUCGAUGCUAUUGCCGAGGAACAAAGCUUUAUUCCUAUAAAGACAACGAUUGAGCAUCUCCACCAGACCGUCAGGGUCGUCAGUGUACUACCCUACGAUCAUCCUACGGAGAAGUUCAAUCCGAGAUUUAUCUCUUCGUACGGAAUUGCGUACCCUCCGAAUCAGGGAAUUGGUGAAUUGAUUUGGGGAGAAUUUGUGACCGAAGGUCUGGCUAGUGGACAGCUUCAAGCUAAGCCCGACCCAGUCAUUGUUGGGUCGGGACUGGAACAGUUGCAAAAGGCUCUUGAUCUGCAAAAGGCUGAUGUGGAAAAGCACCUUGAGCAAUUACUUAGCGCCGUCGCGCCAAUCGAUCAUAUCGUUUUCACUGCUGGUAACAGCCUUCCAACUACCCUCUUGAAAGAUAUAGAUUUAGAAACGAUACACCGAGCUGGUCAUAUCCGUUUUGCAGUGCCUCUUUUACUUGCCAAGGUCGCACCCCGAUUUCUCAAACCGGGCUAUCGAUCGUCGAUUACAUUAACCGCGGGAUCUAGUUCACAGAAGCCAUUUCCUGGCUGGUCGUUGAUUGCGGGUUAUUUGACGGGCUUGCAUGGACUUACCCGGAACUUGGCCCUGGACCUCAAACCGCUUCGAAUUAACCUAGUGAGUCUUGGGGUGGUCGCAACUCCAUUAUGGGGGCAGCACGGAGUACCCGACGAAAUCAAAGACCACACGACGCUGAAUAAAGUCGACGCACCGGAAGAAGUCGCAGAAGCCUACAUUUAUCUAAUGAAGGACACCAAUGCUACAGGAAGUUGUCAGUUGCAGGCGGGCGGCAGGGAUGAUUGGACCGGUAUAGUUGAUCGCAAGGAGAGGAAGAAAUUACAAGAUCGAAUCAAUCAAAGGGCUAGACAAGAAAACUUGCAGCUCGACCUCGACCACGGCCUCGACCUAGUCCGGCAGAACCCAUUCUCGCCGAACAGCCUACAAAAUGAGUUAGCCUUCUUUACGGCUUKUCAACCUGACUCGGAGGAGACGCGUCAGUUUAUUCAACGGUUCUCAACAUGGAUGGCGCAGCGCUAUUUGCAGGAAUGUCUCAACACAGAGCCACUCCUAGGUCUAGUCCAAUUUAACGUUACACGAUCACUGGUUGCCAAUGCACAGAUUCUCGGAUAUACAUCUCAGCUUAUGGCGCGGAGCGCUCAGUCUCCUUUUACAGCACUGGAUUAUACCGACCAAAAUAUCCUCCAAAGCUUGCCAGCAGGUCUACGGCCCACUGUUCUUCAAUGUACCGUUCCUCAUCAUCCAUGGAUUGACCUCUUGCCAGUGAGCGAACUUCGAGAUAAUCUUUUGCGUCGUAGUGAGGAUACAUACGAUGCAGCGGAGCUCUGUCGCGAUUUGCGAGGCUUCCAGCUCGUAAGAUGUGGGCGCGGUGGUGUGGUAGUAUGGGGGGAUCCGUGGGAUCCGCAAGGAUGGGAGGUGACGGAUGCAUUUGCGAAGAAGUGGUCUUGGGUAGUAAAUGGCAGUCGUAGCUUGCGGGAGUCCACAAGCUACUGGCGCGAAAAACGUGGCGAAUCUGAUCUCUGCUUCCCAGGCUGUUCGACAGCUCACUCGCGUGUGACUGAGAUGGAGGAGGACUUGGAUCUUGCGUCUUUUUAA